AUGCCGCAACCACGAAACAGGUGGAAUUAUACCGAGGAUAACCUACUUCGAAGAGAAGUGUUUACCCAAUUGGUGGCGGAGGGAGCGGUGAAAGACUGGCAGUGCAUUGCGACCAAGCUUCCAGGCCGCACUAACAAAGAUUGCAGAAAGCGGUGGUAUAAUGUUGUCUCUGGCGGAGUGAAUAAAGGCCACUGGGCGCAAAAUGAGGACAAAUUACUGACGGAAGCGGUCAAAACCUGUGGUAAAAGCUGGACGGUCGUUGCAACCGCUGUUAAGUCUCGAAACGCGGACCAAUGCGCCAAGCGGUGGAAGCAAUUUCUCGAUCCUGAAUUGGACCGCAGUCAGUGGACAGAUAAGGAGAACAAGCUUCUCCAGGAGGCGCACAAGAAAUACGGCAGACGAUGGAAAGAGAUUCAGGCCAAGUACUUCCCUACGCGGUCAAGAAAUGCAAUAAAAAAUCAAUACACCAUCCUUAUCCGAAAACGGAAACAAGCGCAAAGUAAUGGCAUUGAAGACAAUGAAGAAGCUUUGGGUAAGUCAGACAGUGAAGAGACUGGCCCGGUGGAAGCACAGGCGACAACUGUCAUGGAUUUGUCACACGGACAAUCAUAUGAUAAUCUGAGUGGUGGUGAUGCCAUGAUCGACGGGGGUGAUUCUGCAGGGGAACAAGAGCCCCCUCCCAAUGAAAUCGAUACCUGGGAUUCCCACUUCUGCAGCACCUAUAGUCACACCUAUAGUCACUUAUUCAGUGAUUCAACUCUCGCAGACCAUAUGGCACUGGACCCUGCAACCAAUGCAAACCAGGUGUUCUCGCAGUGCUUUCCAGCCGGAGAAGUGUAUUGCUGGGAUAUACCAGGGCCACAGGCAGUCCAGACAGGCUCUGACAAUUUUGAUAGCAACACUUAUGAUCCGCCUGAGGACUCCGAGCUCUUGGCACUGGGAUUGUUCCCGACUCCGGCCGCUGGCCCGGAGUCUAUUGGUCAGAAUCCUAACUUGGUUGAUUGGCACCCGACGUCAGGCCUUGCCCCUGACGAGGCCGGUUCUUCUCCCAGGAAGAUCACCUUUACGGUGCAAUCUCCGUGCCCAGACACCGUUGAGUCCCCUAUGCGUAUUGCGUUGAAACCUGGAUCCUCGUUUAGCUUUGAGAGAGAAUAA